AUGGUCGACAUGGGGGGCCUGGACAACCUGAUCGCCAACACGGCCUACCUGCAGGCGCGGAAGUCCUUGGAUGCCGACAGCAAGGAGCUGCAGCGCCGACGCCGAACCCUGAUGCUGCCCGGGCCGCAGGGCUGCGAGCAGCUCCGCCAGGCCCCGCCCAACGACUUCCACAGCCUGUGAGAGCAGCAGCCCAUCGGCCGCCGCCUCUUCCGGGGCUUCGUAGCCACGGUGCCCGCGUACCAGGAGGCCGUGGGCUUCCUGGAGGAGGUGCAGAUCUGGGAGCUGGCUGAAGAGGGUCCCGCCAAGGGCAGCACGCUGCAGGGGCUGGUGGCCACUUGUGCGGCCUCCCCGGGGCACCCACACCCCUUCCUCAGCCCAGCUCUGGUCACCAAGUGCCAAGCAGCCACCACGGAGGAAGGGCGAGCAUCCCUGGUGGAGCUGGCCAAGGCUGAGGCCAUGGCCUUCUUGCAGGACCAGCCCUUCCUAGAGUUCCUGGCCAGCCCCUUCUAUGACAAGUUUCUGCAGUGGAAAGUCUUUGAGAUGCAACCCGUGUCAGACAAGUACUUCAAAGAGUUCCGGGUGCUGGGGAAAGGUGGUUUUGGGCAGGUCUGUGCUGUCCAGGUGAAAAACACUGGCAAGAUGUAUGCCUGUAAGAAACUGGACAAGAAGCGGCUGAAGAAGAAAAAUGGUGAGAAAAUGGCUCUCUUGGAAAAGGAAAUCUUGGAGAGGGUCAGCAGCCCUUUCAUUGUCUCUCUGGCCUAUGCCUUUGAGAGCAAGUCCCAUCUCUGCCUGGUUAUGAGCCUGAUGAAUGGGGGAGACCUCAAGUUCCACAUUUACAGCGUGGCCGAGCGGGGCCUGGACAUGAGCAGGGUGGUCUUCUACUCGGCCCAGAUGACCUGCGGCGUGUUGCGCCUCCACUCCCUCAGCAUCGUCUACCGGGACCUGAAGCCCUAGAAUGUGCUUCUGGACCACCUUGGCAACUGCAGACUGUCCGACCUGGGGCUGGCUGUGGAGACAGGAUGCAAGCCCAUCACCCAGAGGGCUGGAACCAAUGGUUAUAUGGCUCCUGAAAUCCUAAUGGAAAAAGCGAGUUAUUCCUAUCCUAUGGACUGGUUUGCAAUGGGAUGCAGUAUUUAUGAAAUGGUUGCUGGACGAACACCAUUCAAAGAUUACAAGGAAAAAGUCAGUAAAGAGGAUUUAAAGCAAAGAACACUGAAAGAGGAAGUCAGAUUCCAACACAAUAACUUCACAGAGGAAGCAAAAGACAUUUGCAGACUCUUCUUGGCUAAGACUCCAGAGCAACGCUUAGGAAGCAGAGAAAAGUCUGAUGAUCCCAGGAAACACCAUUUCUUCAAAACCAUCAACUUUCCUCGCCUGGAAGCUGGCCUAGUUGAGCCUCCAUUUGUGCCAGACCCAUCAGUGGUUUAUGCCAAAGAUAUCGACGAAAUUGAAGAUUUCUCUGAGGUUCGAGGAGUCGAAUUUGAGGAUAAAGGUACGCAGUUCUUCCAAAGAUUUGCAACAGGUGCUGUCCCUAUAGCUUGGCAGGAAGAGAUUAUAGAAACGGGACUGUUUGCCGAAUUGAAUGACCCCAACAGGCCCGCAGGUUGCGGGGAGGGUAAUUCGUCUAAGUCUGGUAUAUGUUUGCUAUUAUAA